CUCCUAUAUUUAGGACUUAUUUCUCCAUACUCUCCACAUGUCAUCGUUCCUGAUCAUCUUCACUACAUCUACCUUUUGAUUCUCGGUCACUUUCUCUUCUAACGUCCCACCCUCAACCAUGGCUUCUCCUCAGAAAAUCCGUACUACCCUUACGGAUCUGCUCAAGAUCCAACACCCCAUCCUGCUGGCAGGUAUGAACGUGGCCGCCGGUCCUAAGUUGGCCGCAGCGGUCACCAACGCCGGUGGCCUCGGUGUCAUCGGUGGUGUCGGCUACACCCCCGACAUGCUUCGUGAACAGAUUACAGAACUCAAGAGCUACUUGAAUGACAAGAGUGCGCCUUUUGGUGUCGACCUUUUGCUUCCGCAGGUCGGAGGAAACGCUCGGAAGACCAACUACGACUACACCAAGGGAAAGCUUGACGAGCUUGUCGACAUCAUCAUUGAGAGCGGUGCACGCUUAUUCGUUUCGGCCGUCGGUGUCCCUCCCAAGCACGUCGUGGAGAAGCUCCACGGUGCUGGCAUCCUGUGCAUGAACAUGAUCGGCCACCCCAAGCACGUUCAGAAGGCUCUUGAUGUUGGUGUAGAUAUCAUCUGCGCCCAGGGCGGUGAAGGUGGUGGUCACACUGGUGAUGUUCCGACUACCGUUCUCAUCCCUACCGUUGCCAAGCUGUGCCAAGGCAAGAAGAGCCCCUUGACUGGUCAGCCUGUACAGGUCGUCGCCGCAGGUGGUUUGUUCAAUGGUAACUCGGUUGCCGCCGCUCUUAUGCUUGGUGCCUCUGCUGUCUGGAUUGGUACUCGCUUCAUCCUGUCUGAUGAGGCCGGUGCUCCUACUGCUCACCAGGAGGCCGUCCGCACUGCCGGAUUCGAGGACAAUGUCCGCACCAUUAUCUUCACUGGUCGUCCCCUUCGCGUUCGCAACAACGCCUACAUCAAGAACUGGGAAGAGAACCGCCAGGAGGAGAUCAAGCAAUUGACCGCUAAGGGUAUCAUCCCUGUCGAGCACGACAUGGAGAACUUGCCCGAUGACGUUGACGAUGAGACCCUGGACAAUGCCCGUCCCUUCUUGAUGGGCAAGGUCGCUGCCGUCGUCAAUGAGAAGAAGUCUGCCAAGGCUAUUGUUGAUGAGCUUGUUAAUGAUGCCUCUGAUCUGUUGCAGAAGGGCCACAAGAUGCUUGCUAAACUGUAAAUAAUUUCAUUGUUAAUGGCGCACUCCGGGUAUGAGGAUGGUGCAUAUAAAUGUUGAUAUUCAUGACCAUUCAUACUGGUUAGCGUUCUCUAUACCAAUUUCCUCUUCAGCUUAUUGAGUUCUCCAGCAGCCGGACUGGACCCACGGUUCAAUUUGCAGCU